AUUUACGCCUGUCACACCAUCUGUCAAAUUUUAUUUACUCUUUAGAAGAGACUGAAUCAGGAGUAUGUAUUUUACAAAGUAAACUUUACGAAUAUUUAUAAAAUCAAAAUGUAUUGAGGCUUUUAACGUUAUUACCUACGCUGUGUCAUCACGAAAUGGACUAAUGGGGUGCUUUCAUAGUAAAAAGGAGUCUUCGGACAUUCAUCCUAAUGUUUACCGGGUAAUGAACAUAGACGAAAAUGGAGCAGAGUUAUGUUCAGGACAGCUUGAAAUUACAGAAUCCGAUAUUAUACUGUAUCGUGAAGGACGUGAUUCCACUGUUUGGCCUUUACACUCACUCAGGAGAUAUGGAUUCGAAGGCGAAAUAUUCAGUUUUGAAUCAGGUAGGAGAUGUGAAACUGGGGAAGGUAUAUAUGCAUUCAGAUGCCGAAGAGCAUCCUUAUUGUUUCAUACUUUACAACAACAAAUUCAACUACGAAAUGCUAUCCACGAUUCUGUGCCAUACCCAGUGUCACAUAUGACUCCAUCCCCACAAGGUAGACAAACACUUCAAGCAAGUGUUGUUCACAGAUCUUCCAUAGAUAAUGGGCAACCUGAAGGUAAUAAUAGACCUACCACUAAUAAUAACAUUUCAAAUAUUACCUCUAAUAUCGGUGUUCCCAGGCCUGUGACUCAGGCAAUAAGAUCUACAUCAAGUGCAGAUAUAUUGGAAGUUAUGCCCUUGUAUCCCCGUUCUCAAGCAAAUGGAAACCAUGUGACAAAUUUGUAUCAAGUACGAGAUUUUAAAAGAGAACAUAACAAUAAUAAUCAAGCAGAUACUACUAUUACAGUUGAUACUCGCCAUGUCUACAGUAAUGAUCUUACUAGAGACUUGGCAAUUCUCAGAAAUACUUUACGACAAGAAACUGCAUUAAAUACAAUGAGAGAUAUUGAAGAUGAAACACGUUUUCUUGAAGGUAGAUACUUAAAUGAAAAUGUCCCUAAAAACAAUACCCAAGGUACUGAUCCUCUGUCUCCUACUUUGAGCAAUAAUAGUGAGCAUUAUGCACAAUUGAGUGUAGAGCAACAGGAAUUAGCUCGAUUAUAUGUAAAUGUUGCACCCACCGAGACCAACACUCAUGACAAGGGUAAAACUGAAUCUGUUCCUCUUACACCACUUACACCAAAACAAGUAGAAUAUUGUAAUUUACCUGUUGGAUUAAAGCCAGAAACAAACACAUAUGCCAAUUUAACACUGGGUGAUAUGGCUGAUAGUGUGAAAAAUGUUAAACAAUUUUUACAUUUCAAUGCCACAUUAGAAUAUAAUCAAAAGUUUUCUGAAUCAGAUACCUUUGCUUCAAUGUCACCUGUGGAAGAGAUGGAAGUCAACUAUGCUAUAUUAGAUAUAGAUUGUAAUAAAGAUACUUUAAAAAGUACAAAGGAUCUUAAAUCUCCAGAGAGUCAAUCACAUACUAGCUCAAGAAAUGAAAGCACUGUAUCAUGUUCUUCACAGUCAAGAUGUAGAGUUAUAUCUCAAAGUAGUGUAGAAAAAUAUAACACAGCAACAUCUACUCCACUAGCUGCUAUUGGAUAUACAACUAUUGAUUUUGAUAAAACUGUUGCUUUGACUUCUGUAGCUGCUGGAAAUGAAGCUGAAAUGGAGAGUUCCCGGAGAGCAAGACACAAUUCAUGCAAUAUUUUAAUGCCUGGAAUUUUAACUUUUGAAAAAGGUAAACUUAGUAACUAAAUGCAUCAUCAGAUAUUCAUAGAAUAAUUUAAGGUAUGUGCCAAAAACUAUAUUUUACAUAACAUUUAAGUUAUCAUAAUGUAAACCUAGUAUAGUUAGAUGUAUAUUGUAUAAUAUUGCCAAAGAAAGAAAUGAACACAUUACACCAAUUUAGCUAGUGAGAAUAAUUUUAUGGACAAGUUUCAGUCUUACAAAGUUUUUAAUCUAAGGUAUUAUGAUGUGCACUCAUGUUGUUAUGUUUAUCUAUGCAGUAAUUUCGUGAAUUGCAGUUUUAAAUUAGCAUGAUAUAAACAUUUAUUUCAUGAUUUUUAGUGAUAUUGAUAUUUUUUAUAUAAUAGGGAACUAUAAAAAUAUGAUGUAUCUGUAAAUAACAAUAUUUAACAUAAUAACAGUCUUAGAUUAAUUUUGUUUAUUUGGCGGACAUAGGGUAUAAUUAUGCAGGCGAAGUCUCGGGGAAACAGCUAGUUUGGCAGAAAUUGGUUCACAAUGCAGAAGAAAUCGAUGAACAUACCCUACCCCUAUAUAUAUACUUUACUAAUUGAUGCCUACUAUGACUCAUAAAAAAUACACAUCAAAGAGUAUAGUAUAUAUGCAUACUCGUUUAACAUAAAAAAAUAUUCUUUUCAAAUUUCGAAUGGAUGCUAAAUACGCAAUCUUAUCGAUUUUAAAGUUGGUUAAAAAAAUUACCAACUACGAGUAAUUUAGACGCCGUAAUUUUUAGCGCACUUAUGGUGACGUCGAAGAACAUGGCUAGAGAUAUGACAUUUUAAAUCAAUAUGGAUUUUCAGUGAUUAACAACAAAUCAUUUCUUUUAGAGUAUAAUAGUUUUUUUUCAUAAUCAUAUUUUACCAAAUUGGUGAAAUAAAAAUAAAAGUCUAAAACAUCAUUUAAAUCUAAAUAAUCUAUGAGUGAUAGUUCUUAAUACAUGAGUGCACAUACGAAAUUAACAAAAACCAAACGAUCAAGCUUUAAGUUGUUGUGGCUUUGUAUAAUAUAAUAAUAUAAGAAUUUUUAUGUUAAAAAUAUUAGCGUUAAUGCAAUAAUAAAAAAUUUUUCAACGCUAACCAACAGGAGCCAUACAUUUCAAGGUAAUCUAGACAAAGAAAGAAAUUGUUUGUAUGAUUGUGAGAGUUAUGGAUGUUUUUUUUAACACAGUUAAUAUGUAAUGUAAUACUUUAAGUAUCUACAGAAAAUUAACAGGAAACUACAACUAAUUUUAAAAAUGAUUCAGUAUUUAAUUUUCAAUUCAUGACUUUUUGCCUCGAGUGUUCCUAUUACCUUAGGUCAUGAUAUUAAACGUUGGAGUGGGUAAACAAACCACUUUGUGAAAUGUGGCACCUAUAUAGGAGUUAGAAGUUCUGCCCGACAUCGGAUAGAUUGCUCAAGACUUCCCUCAGCAGCAAAGCGUUGAAAAGUUUUAAGAGGAUAUUAUAAUACUAUUUUUGGUGUGCAAUAAAAUAAGUACGCGCAUUAGUUAAGUUAAAUAUAUUUAGAUAAAUGAAUACCUGAUAAUUCCAAUAGGGAUGACGAUUGGUUAAAAAAAAGGAAUUCUAUUUAGUCCCGUCAGUCAGAUAAGAGAAAAAUAAACAAGAAAUGGUUU